ACUAAAUUAUAUAUCAAAAUCCAUUGUCGUGUUAAGAAAAAAAGUCAUAUACCGGUGCUGUCCUUUAAGAAGAAAAAAACCUCCCUGAGAUGUAGAUUCCUCCUCCUCCUGGUGUCCACACACCAGCUGCCCUCUCCUUUUGUUUACUCCUUAUGCAGCACUAAGGUUACCAUGUCAUUAAACUUCACAUCACGUUUGGACACAUCCGUCAAAAAGAAAGUUUUUGGGAAGUGGCGGCUAAUGUUAGCAAUGUAGCCAUGGGAAUUUCUUGUGCCUUUGCGGAUAUUAGAACUUUCGGCCUAUAGGUGUACUGUGAAUAUUGAAGCAUUCACCAUGUUAGUUCCUUAGGCUGGAGCUCUGGAACUGAAAGGAUGAUAUCAUUAAGCUCUCCGUCUCUGUAUUUGUGAAGCCUGUGUCAAAAAAAGAGCUAAACAGGCAGCCAAAGAAGGAUGUUCAGGCAAUCAGAACAAGGCAGGAGGCGUGUGAAUGCCCAGCCAUCUGCUCGCAUUAGAGGAGUGGAGGUUGCAAGGGGGAGAACAGGCUAUGGCUUCACACUAUCUGGUCAGUCUCCAUGUGUUCUGAAUUGCAUCCUCAAGGGUAGUCCAGCUGAUUAUGUGGGCCUUCGCUCUGGAGAUCAAAUCCUGAGUGUGAAUGACAUUAAUGUGUCUAAAGCUUCUCAUGAGGAUGUUGUCAAGCUGAUUGGCCGCUGCACAGGUGUCCUACACUUAGUCAUUGCUGAAGGCAGUCAUAAAAACGGGCACGUUGAUUCGUGUUCAAGUGAUGAAGAACUGGAGUUUCAUGACCACAAGAGCCACUGGCUGAGGCCAAAGAUGGACUCAAAGACACUAGGCAUAAACCGUGCAGAACGUGUUGUAGCAGAGAUGCAGUCUGGUGGGAUCUUCAACAUGAUCUUUGAAAAUUCCAGCCACUCAUCCAGCAGCUCAGAAAGAGCAGUUGCUUGUGCCUCUGCUUCCAAACCAAGGACUGUCUCAGAGCCAGAAUUCCCUUAUGUGAGCGUCAGCACCCAAAGAAGUGAUCCCAACUUGCUCACUGAAGAAGAGAUGGCCAAAGUGCUCAAUGACGAUUCUGUGUUUGUUGAUAUGUUUGAACAGCAAGACGAAUUUGCCCUGUUGCAAACUGCAGACUCUGCAGGAAUACUCAAUGUUGGGAUGAUUGUGGGUUACUUGGGAUCUAUUGAAUUAGCUUCAACAAGUGCCAAUUUAGAAAGCGACAGCCUGCAGGCAAUCCGUGGCUGUAUGCGACGUCUACGUGCCGAACAAAAAGUGCACUCGUUGGUUUUGCUUAAAGUCAUGCAUGAUUGUGUGCAGCUGUGCAAUGACAGAGGUGCUGUUUUAGCAACUUACCCCGCAGAGAAGUUAGCCUUCAGUGCUGUGUGUCCAGACGAUCGCCGCUUCUUUGGCCUUGUCACCAUGCAAGCAACAAAUGACCACCGUAUGCAUAGACAUGGAGAGGAGGAGCAAGGCUUACGGACAUCUUGUCAUGUCUUCAUUGUAGACCCAGAACUCUGUCAUCAUAAAAUCCACCAAGGUGUUGCCCGACGCUUUGGCUUUGACUGCACUCCAGACCCAGAUACUGGUGGCUGCUUGGAGUUCCCACCGACUUCUCAGCCACUGCUACAGUUUGUGUCUGUUCUGUAUCGUGACAUGGGGGAAUCCAUAGAGGGUAUGCGAGCUCGAGCUUUCCUUGAUGGUGACUUAGAUGCUCAGCAAAACAACAGCACAAGCAGCAACAGUGACAGUGGCAUUGGGAACUUCUUGCCAGAAGAGAAGAACAACCGAGUCCUCUUGGUGGACUUGGGUGCAAAUCCUGGUCGACAUGUUCCUACAGGACAUUGGGAAAACCCUACUGGACCUCGUUGCCAGGGUGCCUGCGGAGGUCUUCCACCACCACCGCCUCCACCACCAAUCUCGCAUCGUAACGGCUUUCGGCAUGAGCAGUUUGUGGAUCACCCUCAGCCCCAUCCACAUUCCCAUGGAGACCCACCUCUGCUUUCAGGCAGGCAUCUAAACUCCUCCUCACGGCUGGAUGUGUCAGGCCUUCCUUCGCGCUCACACUAUUCUGCCCAUGGCAAGAAAGUGGCAGGGGCAUCAGGCCAGCGCUGGCUGCCAGUUCACGUCCUGAGGGAUUGGCGUCAGGGACACAGCAGUGAUCAGGAGUCUUAUGCAGAGUCCACAGACGGAUGGUCCAGUGCUAACUGUAGCACCCUGCCACCACCCAUGAGUAAGAUUCCAGCUGACCGGUACCGUGCUGCAGGCGAAAUUGCCUCACAGCCUCACCGGCUUCAUGCACAGAAGGACGAGUGGACUAAGAAGCUGUUCGGGGAGAAGAACCUACGAGAGCAUUCACAACAAUCGAACAAUGUCAGAAGAACUAAAGAGUCAGAGAAAAAGGGUGGAAGAUUCAAAGGGAUCACUAUGGGCUUUCCUCAGCGUUCCUCUGGCCGAAGAUCUUUUGGACGUUCCAAGCGUCUUAGCAUGGCUCGCUCACUUGAUGACCUCGAGUCUGCAGCUGUCUCCGAUGGUGAGCUUAACAGUGUGGACCUGAAAGGCUGCGGCAGCGAUAACAGUCUGAACAGCAAUGCCAGCCUACCUAGCGUGCAAUGCCAUAGACGGCACACUGAACGGCGCGUUGCAUCGUGGGCCGUCUGCUUUGAGCGCCUGCUACAGGAUCCCGUCGGUGUCCGAUAUUUCUCGGAGUUUCUAAAGAAGGAGUUUAGCGAGGAGAAUAUUUUAUUUUGGCAAGCUUGUGAAUAUUUCAGCCAUGUACCUGAAACAGACAAGAAACAGCUGUCCCAGAGGGCCAGAGAGAUCUACAACAGCUUCCUGUCUAGUAAAGCUACCACACCCGUCAACAUUGAUAGUCAAGCUCAGCUGGCUGACGACAUCCUCAACGCACCGAGGCCAGACAUGUUUAAAGAGCAACAGCUUCAGAUCUUCAACCUGAUGAAGUUUGACAGUUACACACGCUUCCUAAAGUCUUACCUGUAUCAGGAAUGUAUGCUUGCAGAGGUGGAGGGCCGUCCUCUUCCAGACCCCUACCAGGUGCCCAGUAGCCCCACAUCCAAACAUAGCACAGGUUCCGACCGCUCCAACCUCUCUACACCUAAAAAGGUGCAGGACGACAAGAAGAGCAAAUCGGGAAGGUCACUGAAUGAAGACAGCAGAGAUGAACAUGGCGAUAAAAAAAAAAGUAUUUUCUUCUCCUGGUCCAGAAAUAGAAGUUUUGGAAAAGGAUCUAAAAAGAGAGACCUCGCUGAUUACAGCUUUACAGGUAGUAACGGAAGGAGAGAAUCACAGGGGUCUUUGUCGUCUGGUGCGAGUUUGGAACUUGCCACUUCUGGUUCAGGAAAAAAUGAGGGUGAGGUGUCGCGUAACUCCAUGUCGGUGUCUGAGCGUGCUGUGCGUCACUGUAACAUUAACCUACCGGAUGGCUCAUGCUGCUCAGUACCCAUCAGGCCCGGCGUCUCCAUCAGAGAGGUGCUCUUAGGCUUGUGUGAGAAACUAGGCAUUAAUCUGGCUGCUGUGGACCUGUUCCUAGUGGGAGGAGAAAAGCCUUUAGUGUUGGACCAGGACUGCAUGACACUGUGCUCCAGGGAUCUGCGGCUGGAGAAACGUACGCUAUUCCGACUGGAUCUGGUGCCUAUAAAUCGUUCUGUUGGACUGAAAGCAAAACCCACUAAGCCGGUUACAGAAGUGCUGAGACCAGUGGUGGCCAAAUAUGGUUUGAACUUAGGAGACCUUGUGGCCACAAUAAGUGGAGAGAAAGAGCCGCUGGAUCUUGGGCUUCCUAUAUCUAAUCUAGAUGGCCUGAGGGUGGUUCUUGAAGCAGGUGACCACGUUUCUGGGAAAGAUAAACAAAAGCUGGUCUCAUCGAAAAGUCACGGUCCACCUCUGUCUACACGAAGCCAAUCUGCCACAGGGGAGGACAAAGCGGCAGGAAAGGCUUCGGCUGUGAAAACCAGGGCCCAGGUGGAAAAGCGAAAACAGAAAAAGCUUAAUAUAGAUGAAGCUGAAGAAUUCUUCGAGCUCAUAUCCAAAGCACAGAGCAACAGAGCUGACGACCAGCGGGGUUUGCUGAACAAAUCAGACCUUGUCCUGCCCGACUUCCUGCGCCUUGACACGGAAGCAGACGCCAACAACCUUAGCUCCACACCCGUCUCCCACAAGACUCGACCCCGAUCCAAGGAGAACGGCUCUGCCCUUAGUGCCAGUCACCAGACGCAGAGCUUAGAUUCAGCGGUGGAGGGCAAAGCACCCAGACGAGCCCUAAUGCCUCCCAACAGUGCCCUCAGAAACACAUCCGGCAGAAUUCCGCCACCAUUCAGUUCCUCGCUCUCCCCAAUCCCACAUUCGCAAAUGGGGGGCUCGUCUGGGAUCACAGACUGGAGGAGUGACGGAGGGGUCCAGGCACUGGAGGAAGAGGAGAGCGGCAUGGACCUGACUUUUGUCGCCGAAGGCGACAUCACAAGCCCUAACAGCUCUCUCCUUCACCAGUCCCCCAUUCCUCUCCCUCCUUCCCCAGAGCGAUCGCACCUCCUGAAGGAGGGCACUUGCCAGGACAGCUGGGCUCGAUCAGGUACCUCUCCUGUGUGAAGCAACUACGCUUGCAUGUGAUAUCCUCAUCUCUCUCUGGUCCCUCCUGAAGAUGUGUGAUUACUGAGUGCUGUGGAUUUGCUGUGGUCCUCACUGUAAGCCCUCUGCCAAACUCUGGCAAAAGCAGCUCCUUCCCAUGUACAUUUGACACCCUUUAAGCACUUUAACGAAGUAUCGAAAAAGAGACUUCUGUACCUACAAUGCAUAUGAUGGGUUAUUUUUUUCCCUGAAAGUAUUUUAAAACUAGCCACACAGAAUCUUGACAAUCAUUAACUUCCAUCGCUUUUAUCCUCUGAGAGAAACAAUAGAAUUAUUGUAGCAGUUUGACUGAUUUGAGGUCAGUAGUGAACUGAAGAGAACUUAUUCGUUUUCUGCAUAUCUCUACCCUCUGGCUGAUCACAUGACGGCCUUAACAGGAGCCACAACUGACUGAAAUAAACAUGUGAUAAAUCUUUUUAGACACUAAAUAUAAACUACAUACCAGACAUGGAGUGUUUGAGGUGACAAGCACCGCCAUUUACGCAUGAAUAUAUUUAUCUGUUCAAAUGACGUGGAUACACAUAUGGAUAAAACAUACACAAGCACAAUCUGUUUUAGUACGACAGAGGCCUCGUCUUACCUCUCUUUGGUGACCAGUAGCGUGCCUUCCAUCAACCUGUCCAUCGAACCUAAAUACUGACGAAGAGUCUUCGGUAACUCCUCAUGACUUCACAUUUCUGUAUUUUAAACCGAGACCUCAAAGAUCACUUCUGUUUUCUUUAUCCGAUCGUAGUCUUACGAAAAUGCAAUUCAACAAUGUUUAGCUACGCUCAUGCUAAUGGUAUCACCAUGACAUUACUUCCAAUUGUUUUGGAGCUACAUUUUCACAUAUGUAUUCGAGAAUUGUAAUCCUAAGAAAGGAUUAAUUUAUCCCAGAUGAAACUUCAGUGUAUGUUCCUCAAUGGCAAAAUACUUAAUGUGUACAUAGUUUCUGUUACAGUUGAGUUGAGCUGCCAGCAUUGUUGAAUUGCCCUCCAUUCUGUUCAUUCUGACACUGAAAUCAUGUUCAGUUUUCUGUAGCAGUCUUUUUUUAGACGACCGUUAUCUUUGCUCCAACUGAUGUUUCUCCAAACAUGUAAAUAGAGUUAAAUAAAUGUUAAAGGGGAGAUCUCUCUCCCUUCCUAUCA